AUGCAGUCCUCCACCGUCUUCUUCGGUCUUCUCAUCGUCCUUUCGUGCCUUCUCCUCUCUGCCGACGCUCAAUUCUUCUUCCCGUUCGGAAUGGGACAGAACAACGUGGCGCCGAGCAACUACAACAACAACUACGGAGCCACCUACGGAUCCGGAUACGGAGUCAAGGACUCCGAAGGAUUCUUCACUAUGUGCAAAGGAUGGACGUGCCAGAACUAG